UCAUCGUCUACGGUCGGUGAUCCGGGGGGGGAGGGAGGGAUCGAGGGCGUUGCGUCGCUGAGGUCCUGUAGGGGAAGAGGGGGAGCGGCUUCCUUUUCGAUUCGCAUGCGGUUUUGGGGGCGCUGAGGAGCGGAUCUGAUCGGUGUGAAUUGGGUCCAGAUCUGAGAAAGAUGUCGGGAUCCGGGAUGCACUCUAUGUGCAAAUGGCUCCUGCCUUUACUGUUGGUUCUGUUGGCCCACUUUUGUAGUGGGUUCUAUCUUCCAGGAAGCUACAUGCACACAUACUCCACUGGUGAUAAAAUAUUGGCCAAAGUCAAUUCAUUGACAUCUAUUGAGACCGAACUUCCCUUUAGCUAUUACAGUCUCCCUUACUGCCAACCACCGGAGGGCGUUAAGAAGAGUGCGGAGAAUCUUGGUGAGCUGCUCAUGGGAGAUCAAAUCGAUAACUCCCCCUAUCGCUUCCAAAUCAAUAUCAACGAGACAGUGUACCUCUGCACUACGCCCCCGUUGAAGGAUAAUGAAGUGAAGCUUCUUAAGCAGAGGACUCGGGACUUGUAUCAGGUCAACAUGAUUCUUGACAAUUUGCCAGCGUUGAGGUACGCCAAGCAGAACAAUAUCAACAUUCAGUGGACUGGUUUUCCAGUUGGGUACACGCCACCUGGCAGCAAUGAGGAUUACAUUAUUAAUCACCUCAAAUUUAGGGUCUUGGUUCAUGAGUAUGAAGGGAGUGGAGUGGAGAUCAUAGGAACUGGUGAAGAAGGUCUCGGUGUAAUCUCUGAAGCUGAUGAUAAGAAGAAGGCUUUGGGUUUUGAGAUAGUUAAGUUUGAGGUUGUUCCUUGCAGCGUCAAAUAUGACCCCGACAAGAUGUCAAAGCACAAAAUGUAUGACCGAAUUGAUCCCGUUAUCUGCCCAAUGGAGCUUGACAAGUCGCAAAUAAUUAGGGAGCGAGAGCGAGUGUCAUUCACUUAUGAUGUUGAAUUUGUGAAGAGCGACAUUAGAUGGCCAUCACGAUGGGAUGCUUAUUUACAAAUGGAAGGUGCAAAAGUACACUGGUUUUCCAUCCUCAACUCGUUGAUGGUGAUCUUUUUCUUAGCUGGUAUUGUCUUUGUGAUAUUCUUACGGACGGUGAGAAGGGAUUUGACAAGGUAUGAGGAAUUGGACAAAGAAGCUCAAGCACAGAUGAAUGAGGAACUUUCCGGCUGGAAGCUUGUUGUGGGCGAUGUCUUCAGAGAACCAGAGUGUGCCAAGCUUCUUUGUGUGAUGAUUGGAGAUGGGGUUCAAAUUACGGGAAUGGCAGUUGUCACCAUCGUCUUUGCAGCUUUCGGCUUUAUGUCGCCUGCUUCACGAGGAAUGCUCUUGACUGGGAUGAUAAUUCUCUAUCUUUUCCUUGGGAUUUUUGCUGGGUAUGUUGGUGUCCGCUUGUGGAGAACUCUCAAGGGAACUUCAGAAGGAUGGAGGUCUGUCUCCUGGUCAGUUGCUUGCUUUUUCCCUGGAAUUGUCUUCGUAAUUCUUACGGUACUCAAUUUCUUACUCUGGGGAAGCAACAGUACCAGUGCUAUUCCCAUUUCCUUGUACUUCAUCCUGUUUGCCCUUUGGUUUUGCAUCUCCGUGCCACUCACCCUAUUGGGAGGAUUCCUAGGUACACGUGCUGAGGCAAUUCAAUAUCCUGUCCGUACCAACCAGAUCCCCAGAGAAAUUCCUGCACGCAAAUAUCCAUCAUGGCUCCUUGUUCUGGGUGCGGGGACUCUUCCGUUUGGAACCCUCUUCAUUGAACUGUUCUUCAUCCUCUCUAGCAUCUGGCUUGGGAGGUUUUAUUACGUCUUUGGCUUCCUGCUAAUCGUGCUCUUAUUGCUGAUUGUUGUCUGUGCUGAAGUGUCUGUGGUCCUUACCUACAUGCAUCUUUGUGUGGAGGACUGGCGAUGGUGGUGGAAAGCUUUCUAUGCUUCUGGCUCAGUCGCCCUUUAUGUGUUCCUCUAUUCCAUCAACUACUUGAUAUUUGACCUUCAGAGUUUGAGUGGACCUGUGUCAGCCAUGCUUUACCUUGGUUAUUCUCUGAUUAUGGCAACUGCGAUCAUGUUGUCCACCGGCACCAUUGGCUUCCUCACAUCUUUCUAUUUUGUUCAUUACCUUUUCUCAUCGGUGAAGAUUGAUUAGAGAUUUUCGUCAUCCCAAAAGAAAGAAACAGGAAACCACCUUUCAUGAAGUCUACGAGCUAGUUGGAGUCUCUGCCUCUGGUUUGUAGAAAGUUUUAUUGGUCCUUGCUUUUGGCUUUCUCCAAGUAUCAUUUUGUAGCCAACCAUGCUGCACUGGAUAGAGAGGCGCAUGCUAUUGCUGAUAUUAUCCACGCCUUUUAUCAUAUUGGAGCUCCGUGAGGUUAGAGGAUUUGAUGUCGUUAUAGUUUCUCAAAAUUGUCCUAGGAUGUCGGAUCAGUUGAAACUUUUUUGUUCAUGGGUUUUAGUUCAUGUCAGCGAUUAUUAUAGUCAAUGGACAGUUUAUUUCAUA